GUAGUUCUGUAUGAUGUGCUACGUCGUUUGUCCGUGAUGUUCAUCUGUGUGAUUCGUGCAAGAUCUGUCAUUUAUAAUGCGAUAAUUGAGGUGUGGAAGAAUAUAAAUAAGUACAACCCAAAAUGAACGGAUCGUCUUCAAUUUUCGCACGAAAAUGGGAUCACGAAUACGGGACAAUGUAAAGCACUUGUUUCAGUGCUUCUGUGAAGUUGUUGGGCAGCAGUCACCAGACAAGGAAGCAUGGAUCAUUCAAAAGUUUCCAGAUAGCUACAGAGAUGAAGGGGUCUUGAAAUCUGUCCCUAAAUUUGCAUAUCCAUGUGAUUUUGCAAACACCAUUGUUCAGCACUACUCUUUUGUGCUGACAAGCAUAGAUUCCAAAUGGACUUUUGGAUUCUGCCGACAUGAUCCAAAAACUGAAACAGCUCUUGUAGUGCUGAGCUAUCUGCCAUGGCAUGAGUCAUUUUAUAAGUUACUGAACCACAUAGCUGAAAUAAACAGCAGUUGUAAGUCAGAUGAGCUGUGGAGGUUUCUGGAUGUCGUGUACCACAGUAGUGUUCCAGACCCUGGUAGAACACUCCAUGUUCCUUUCAAUAAUGGUCGAGAUACCUUCGUGUGUCCAUGCCCAAAUCAGUUUCAGUUGCCCAGCAUCCCUGAAAAUCGUAACCUUACCGAGUAUUACAAUGCUGUUGAUGGUCAUAAUAUGAUGGUUAUUUUUGCAUCUAUGUUGUAUGAGCGACGUAUAAUUUUCACUUCAAAGAAACUGUAUCGUCUGAGUGCCUGUGUUCAGUCUGCAAAUUCUAUCAUCUACCCUAUGAAUUGGCAGCACAUCUUUAUUCCAGUGUUACCAAUGGCUCUAAUGGACUAUUUGCUUGCACCCAUGCCUUACCUUGUUGGGGUCCCUGCAGUCAUAUAUCAGCGUGUGAGAAAGGCUGACCUUGGAGAUGUUGUGGUGUUGGAUGCAGACAACAACAAUGUUGAGACUCCAUUCCAAGACCUGGAAAGUCUUCCUCUGGAUGUAGUAAAUUCCUUGAGACGCCAGCUUCGGAAUCGUGCUGCUCUUUUGGGAGAUGGGGUGUCCCGAGCAUUUCUUCGUGCUCUGGUCCAGCUGAUUGGAGGAUACCGAGAUGCUCUGAAAUUCCAUCAGGGUCAGAAAAUCACAUUCAGCCCUGAUGCUUUCAUUGAGUCCCGUCCCUCCAGUAUGCAGCCUUUUCUACGUAAAAUGCUACAGCUGCAGAUAUUCCAGCAGUUCAUUGAAGAAAGACUUGAAAUGUUAAAUAAUGGACUGGGGUUUUCUGACGAGUUUGAAAUGGAAGCUUGUAAUUAUUCGGAUAAGUCAAGUUCCAAACUGAAGCAGCAGUAUAAGGAGUGGACCUAUACCAUGCGGAAAGAGGGAAGUGCCUUCUUCAAAACUGUCAGAAAUAAGGCAAACCCUGCAAUGAAGUCGGCUGUGAAAUCUGUAAAGGAACGUGGUAAAGAUGUUCGAACUGCGUACAAGGGCAUUCGCUCGAAGUUGCGUGACAUACAGCCUCGUGAAGGACUUGGUUCCAUUGAAGAUGGAUUGGAUGAAAAUGAUAAAGGAGACAAACCUCAAUCAGCUCCCACUUCUCCAGUAAACAGGCGAAGACCACAAACAUUUGCUGGUCCUAAAACCUCGGCAGCAGCUUCUUUUCGUAAAGAUCCUUUGAGGCAGAGGAAAAACACAGAUGUUAACAUCAGGUCCAGGCCUUACAAUCCAUUGAGUCCUUCCUCAGAUCCAGGUUCACCAGAAGUUUUAAUUGAUAUGUCUCACAGUGAUACUGCAGGGCUACAGCUGUCUCCUCUUGAUAUGGACUUGAUGGGAGACCUUCAGGAUGUAAUUUUUAGGAAGUGCUCUUCAGUACUGGACACAGAGGAUACUAAUUCUCCACCAGUUGAUAGAACACUGAAACCUGUCCGCAGCUUAGAGAGCUUCAAGCAUUCUAGUGAUAAUUGGUGGUCACCCCCAUCACAGUCCCCUAGACUUGGAGCUCCCAUGUCCUCUCCUAUUCCUGCCUCCAGUAAUAGCUGUGACUUGUUUGGUUCAACUCCAUUUGUUGUGGGUGGUGGUGGGAGUGUGGAUGGAGACCCAGUGUUUGUAGUGGCUUCCCCCUCCUCCAUAGACCUUGUGAAGUUACCACCUCCAGUGCAGUCACAUUGUAGUAAGAAAGAAAGUGGAGAUCUGAUAAGAUUGGAUUCAACUCCAAGUGAUGAAGAUUUUGAUCCCCUUUAUUCCAAAGAUAAACCACUGUCUGUCAGUCAGACAUUGCCUGCAGCAACUGCAUCAGCAGAUAGUUUAGCUAACCCCCUUUAUCCUUAUUUUGUUCCUUCUGUUGGUAAAUCAUCGUUAACAUACGCAGGUAACCAAAGUUUCCUGUACUCAAAGUCCCAGAGACGUUUGAAUGUUUCUGAAAGAAUGCCAGAACAGAGAGUUCAGGAUUCCAGUGUGGGACAGACAUUUAGUGCUUUGCAUCCCUGUUCCUCUUCAAAUGCCUUGAGCCCUGGACAGUAUAAUGUUCAGGACAUGGACCUUCUCAAAGAGUAUGGCCUAGACUUCAAGUCUUUAAGCUUUAAGAAUGGUGGUCCGUCAUUGAGGCCUGCACCUCCUGCACCAUUAUCAAGUUCUUCUCCAGCCAUGUCAUCAUCAGAAGCAGCUGCAAGAGAUCUAUUUGAAAAUUUAGUUGAGUUUCCAGAUUCAACUCUGAAAAGUCAUUCAAAGAAUCAAUGGACAAAAUUUGAUUAACGCUUAGUUUAAUAAAGAACUCUGAUUUUUUAUAAAUAUCAUUUAAUGUUUUUAAUUGACAUUGAGGGCAUAGAAACCAAAUUGUUUUUGUUCAGUAACAUUGUUGCUAAUGAAGCUGUUUUUGGCUUUAUAUUAUGCAUAUAUAUGGUUAAGCAGCUACUACUGAUAAAGAAACUGCUACUUGAGCCCUGAUGGUAGGAAUACACUUACUUUUCCACUGUUCAUUUAGUGGCCCAUUUUAACUCAGAAUGCUAGUUUUUUCCAGUGUUUAUUUCGGUGAAUCCUAGACUGUGCUCCUGUGGAACACUGGUGUUCUAUGAGCUGGACUGAGGUGUUCUACUGCUGAAACUGAGUAACGGCUGCUUUUCUCAAACUGAAAUUUGAUUAUCAUCCUGUCUUUAGAAGUGCAGGUCAUAAUAUAAUGUUGACAUCAUAUAUACCAUUAGUAAUGCUGUUCUUGGUUUGAGUGAUGACAUAGGUCAGUUUUUCAGUGUUCUGCAGAGAGCACUGUGAUGUCCAGGUCCAUCAUGAAGUGAAAAAGUUUGGGCACCACUGGUUUAUGCUAUAAAGUAACAUAUCAUGGAAAAAAAUAUUUGUUAAUAGGACUGACAUGUCAUAGUGCUGUGACAAAACAUUCCGUCAUUGAUGUAGAAUGGGUUAAAAUUCCAAAAUGCAGCUCACUUGCCAUACUUGUACAGAAAUCUUGUUUGUCAUUUAAUGCAAUGGAAGGGCAUACGCAAAUUGUUUAAAAGUUGUGUAUCUGUAUCUUACUUCAGUAUGUUAAAGUGUUUCCAAUGAGUAAUAAACAUUCAUAUGUUUUGAAUGUGAUUACAGUGAUAUGAUUUUUUAUGUGGUUGGUUGGUGUUACGAGAGUCAAGAAAAGACAGUAUAUCCUGAAUUUCUUGCUUUGUUACUUUAUGUUGCUGUAGGCCUUAAUAAACUUAAUUAAAAAUGCAUUGUAUUGUGUGAAGAAACAAUCCAUUAGUAGUGUCCAACACUUGUUGGGUAUGUGAGAGGUCAGACAAUACAGUUAAAUGUACUUUCAUACUUGAAUUUUGUUGUGCAUAAUUAUGUUGUUGGCUUACUGUAUGUUCACUUUAUCACAAUGGAGUAACUGAAAUAACAUAUAGAGAAGCACAAGAUUCCAAAAGCAGUCUGCUUUCUUAAGAACUUGUCGGUUUACAUUAUGAAGCGUGAUUUGAACAUUUAUCACUGCUUCACAUACAAUGUUUCACUGUUACUUAGUGACAACAUGUAACAUUAUCUCUGUGGUAGGCUGCUUUCAGUCUUGUACUUUGGUUUUAAUAUUCAACAGCUAAAUUUUGUAAAGAUUUUACACAGUGAUUGAUUCAUUGUCUGAGUGUUGCAUUGGGUACUGUCCUUUGCUUGAUACAAAGUUUUGGUAGUUGGCUGUCCAGAAACAUCAAAUAUAUGUUGGACAGUGAACGGUGUGCAUUGUAAUAUUGGUAUGUUGAAUGGAUUGGCAUGGUGAUAUAUGGAGCAGUUUUUAGAAGUACAUAUAUCCAUACACCACAUUACAUUGUCAGUGUAGUGCUAACAUGUUUUGUCAUAGUGUAAUUUAGGAUGCUGUAGUUUGCAGAGCGAAAAGAUCUAAAGAUGUAUGUGUCUGAAUAUUUUCAUAGAUGCUCAUCUGCACAAGCAAUGUCUCUGUCAAUGAUAUAUUUAUUAUUCAUGGUUAACAGUUCAGAAGCUUAUGUGGGGAGUUUCAGAUACAAAGAAUUGACAAUUUUGUAUUAUUAUUUUUCUCUAUGGAAUGUAGAAAAUAGGAAGUUUCAUAUCAGGUAUAGGGAUUUACAGCAGUUGAAGUAGUUGUAUGAAGUUCAUAUAACAUUACUGGUUCAUAACUUCCCUUUGUCUCAUACUCUAAAUAGUCCAUAUUGCUGACAAUCUGCUUGAUAUCAGUUAUGCUAAUGUGCUCAAUAAAAUACAACAAAUAGAUCAAAUUCAAAUUUAGAUAUGGUUUUAACAUUGUAGUUGGUACAGCAUCACUAAACUGCCAGCCAAAAUACUGAAUGAAAAUAAAAUUUAUAAAUAAUCUAGGGUCUGAACAUAUACAUCACCAGGUUAUUGGACAAACUGUUUAUAACAUUAAAAUAUUGAUCCUGCAUUGCUGUGGUCACAAUAUAACAAAAAUGCUGACAUUGUAAAUACUAUCUGCACUGCAUCAUAGCCUGUAUCACUUGUGAAAUCUAGAGGGAAGUUCCAGAAUUUGUUUGCACUCGAACAGUUGAACUUUGUCCAGACUUUUUUUAUGAGUUACAUGCAGCCCAAUUUCUGUGGAUCUGUGUGGAUUUUUCUUUCAUUUGUUUAUUUGUUUUUUUAAUGUAAAAACCUUUAAGUUAUUAAUUAACUGUAUUUAGAAGUUUUGUUUUAUAUAAUUUUAAAUUGAAUGUCUGAGUUAUGGGGAGUAACCUGAUGUUUCAAAUUUAGUAUGAUAUUGUGUACACAUGGAAUACAGAAUGGUAAUAUAUCCUUUUUGAGAACUACAUUUGUCCAGGGAAACUGCUUAUUGCAAUAUUCUUUAGCCCUUUCCUCUUCCAUUAAGAAAAAAUUGAGUUUGAAAUGUAAAUCUUUAUAACUUCUUAUUCCAAAGCCAUAUUAUACUUUUUACAGUUAUAAAUAGAACAACUGUACCAUGCAGAAAAAGCAUGUGAUGCAUAAUGGGUAUAAAAGUUCUGUAUCAAACAUGGAGUCUUGUAAUAUUGUUUUUCUACAGGAAAAAUAAAAAAAAUGUAGGAUUUAAGGUUU